CCUGGAAAGUGGAAAUUGUCAGUGAUUUAAUUUAGUGUUAUUAUUUCAAAAUGGGUUGUGCGGAUGGAGGAGAAGAUUUGUUAAAGAAACAUCAAGACUUGUGUCAUGCAUUGAACAUGGAUAAAGAAACGGCUUACGUAGCUUGGCAAAGCUAUGACAGUAUAAGGCAAAAUUACACAUUGGAGGGUGACCAGCUUCAUUGGCUAGGCUGCUCUCUAUAUGUGGCUUGCCGAAAGUCAGUAGCCCCAACUGUUUCUAAAGCUUCCACUCUGGUAGAAGGAAAUCUUGUAAGCUUAACACGGUUACUGAGGUUAUGCAAUCUAAGCUUGUUACAAUUUUUUAACAAAUCAAAAAAGUGGGCUGACAUGACGAAUCUCUCUCCUGAAUUCCGAGACAAGUUGAACCGCCUGGAAAGGAACUACAAUGUGUCAAAUGUGAUAUUUAAGAAAUUCCGACUAAUGUUUAAUGACAUGUUUGUGGAGCCAACGAUUGAUCAACCCCGGCAAAACAAAACUAAGAAACAAAGGACUUUGCCUUGCACGUCGAGUCGGUUGUUUGACUUUGUCUGGACACUUUAUGUAAGUGUGAAAUCAGAGAACCCGGACAGUAGUGAUGACCUUGUCAGUUGUGUACAUCUGCUCCUGUCAUGUUGCGAUCUCAUCUUCGCUAACGCUGUGAUGGCUGAUCGUACGGACCUGAUCAACAAUAAGUUUCCAGGUGUUCCAAAAAAUUAUGGAGAAAGAUGUUAUAAACCGCCUACUGAACCACCAUGCGUUAUGUACCACCUUUGUCAAAAAUACGCAAGUGGUCUGGUAGAAGCAAAGAGAAUGAAAGAGUAUUUCUGGAAAAACCACAUGAAGAGAUUCUUUGACAGAAAGAUUCUCCAAGGAGACCCAAAAACAUUCAGCGGAUUAUUAGACCUGAACAAUUUUGAAAUCAACUUAAAAGCUUGUAACAAAUUGUAUGAAGAGUAUGUCCUAAGUGUUGGGGAUUUUGACGAGAGGAUUUUUCUGGUCAAAUGCAAAGAAGCGUGGGUAGAUAAGCCUCGACCGGGACCUUCCUACAAACAGUUGAGUCCAGAUAGACCUGCGUUGAGAACACUCAACUUCUCAGCAGAAGAUACAAGUAACAAAAUGGUAACCCCAACAAAAAUUUUGGAAAGCGAUACGGACACUUCUGAACAAUCAGAAAUUAGGCAUUCAAGUAGUGUCUCGCAGCUGACUCCAGCCACCCCAUUGACAGGACGAAGGUAUCUAAAGGCCAAGGACCCUGGCAGUCUAACACCCGUGUCGACAGCAACACAAAGUGUACAAAGACUGCAGAAUCUACUGAGUGGCCGCAGUCCAGCACCUUCACCCUACCUGCAACAACUGAUUAGCAGUUGCAGUGACGACCCUCACAUUGUAGACAGGAUCAAGUCUCACGGACAGAAGUUCAUAUCUCAAUACACUCAGUCCGCUCAGACACACAUAGACUUUGCCCAACAACGGCUACAACUGGCCGAAACACUGUAUUACAAGUUGCUGGAAAAUAUACUCAAGGACGAAAUGAAAAAGCCUAACUUUGAUUGCAACAACCUGUUGUGUCACGAGGUGUUCCACCAGACACUGUUUGCCUGUUGUCUAGAGAUAGUCAUCUACUCGUACAACUCUCAGCGUACCUUCCCCUGGGUACUACAGGCUCUGGGUGUGGAGCCUUACCACUUCUACAAGGUGAUAGAGGUGACAGUCCGCGCGGAGGAGCAGCUCAGCAGAGACAUGGUCAAACAUCUCAACCUAAUAGAGGAGCAGAUACUGGAAUCUCUUGUUUGGAAGAGGGAGAGUCCUUUGUGGGAUGCCAUCGAUGACUCUGGUCUGCCAGUGCCAUGUUGUGAAGAUGUUAUGUUGCCUGGUCAGUUGACAGAGGAUAACUCUUCAGCGACGUUACUCAACAAUCCAGCAAUCCGUCGUCUGGUUUUACCAGCAGUUCCAGGUGUGCCCCAGUCCCCAGCACCCUCCGCCUCAGAGAGGUUCCACUCCCCCGUCACUGCCACCUCCGCCAUCGCCAAGAAGAAACUGUUCAUAGACAACUCUAGAGGAGUUUGUACAGUCAUGCCGGGACAGUCAAUCCUAGCAGCGGCUCCUAAACCUCCAGUGGCCGCAGGGGAAGAGGCGGAGACUAAAAAGCCACAGACAGGAAGUAGUGUCAUCAUCAACCCAGCUAUGCUCAAGGAACGGCAAACAAAACCUAACCGACCCCGUCGCACUGGUUCUCUAGGGCUAUUUUUUAGGAAGUUCUAUCACUUAGCGGCAGUGAGAAUGCAAGAGUUAUGCAGUCAUCUGGAUCUCAAAGAGACUGAGGUCCGACGCAAGAUUUGGACGUGUUUUGAACACUCUAUCAUUGAUCACACAGACCUCAUGUUGGAUCGACACCUAGACCAGAUACUGAUGUGUGCAGUCUACGUCAUAUGCAAGAUUGAGGGGCUGGACAAGCCAUUUACGGAGGUCAUGAAAUGCUACAGACUACAACCCCAGGCUGGCAGUCAUGUCUACCGCAGUGUCCUGUUGUAUAACAGACCACGGACUGGACAACGGACCAACAACAACAACUGCUCUGACAAUGGACAAGAGCCAGCAAGCGCUUCUGUGGAAGUGUUAAAUGAGUCGGAAAACAGAUGUGACAUCAUAAAGUUCUACAACUCAGUUUACGUGCUGAAACUGCAAAACUUUGUGAGGAAAUUCACCAACGGGAACAAUCAGAACGGUAACCUGACGCUGUCACCGCUGCCAGUGUCGCGCGGUGUGCCGAUGUCUCCCAGACGCAGGGUGUCUGACAAUCAUGCAGUGUUUAUCCGACCUCUCAUCUCGUCUGAGCCCAACGUGUUUCCUCCCUCUCCCACACGACCACUCAGCUACUGCUUCAGCCGCAGCCCGGCCAAGGAUCUGCGAGCCAUCAACUGCAUGUUGGGUGUGCGGCGGGUUGGCAAACGACUGUUGACAGACGACGCAACAGACGACGAAGCUGCAGCACCGGUGAAACAACCAAACCUUUUUACCAACAAGCUACAAGACCUGCUUGUCGACCGAAGAAUGGCCAAGGGACAAGACAGUGCUUGAAUCGCAUUCAUCACAAGGAAGUAAACACUUGUUACUUUCUAAGAUUCUGUCCAAUCAGCGACUUAGGCACUUUUGUUAAGAGUGGCAAGGAAGUAUAAAUCACUGAUUUAAUCGAGUUCAGAUUAUUUUUAACAAGCGCUAAUAAAUUCUGUUAACUCUUCCUUAUCACCAGCCAAAUUGCAAUGUGUCUAAGUUGUAUUUCUGCUGCUUUUACGCUUUGAAUUUAAUUGUAGCAAAAAAUGAUCUCAUGACUUUGAAAAAAAGGAAACAUUUUAUCUAUACAGACAAGGUGUUGCCAGUUUUCUAAACAAUUUUUAAGGUAGUUAAGUGAGUUUCUCGUAGAGUGUGUUAUUUUUAAACAAAUAUAUUUUUUUUCACAAAGUGAUAGUCAAUGGGUUAAAACAAGUUGCCUUCUCAGUUUUGUAACUCUAAAAAUUCAAUGUACAAAAGAAAGAACGUUAUUUUACAGUGGCACACUCUGCCAACAGCUCAAACUAAGUUCAUUUGUUCUUUUAACCUUGGAACAGAUGUAAUUUAAGUUCUUCGUUUUAGGUUUUUUGUGGGUCCAAUAUUAUUUUUAAGGCGGCUCCAGAAAUGUGCCAUUUGCUAAGCACCGAGCAGCGACUCGCCAAAUCGCGAGUAGUGUGGAUAGGUGUAUUCCAGAAAUUGUGUUGAUCGGAAAACAACACAUGUUUGUAGACGUCUACUCGUUAAUCGGUAUAUAGCAAGAUAAUUAGAUCGCCGAAUGACAAAUAUUUCGUGCUUGGCGACUGGUGCAUGUAUGGAGCCGCCUUUAUGACCAGUGAGCCCGAUUUAUAUCUUAAAGCACGAUUUUGUGCUGGAUUGUUUACUGCAAUAAAGAUAACUUUACGUUACAUAUAUCUUACGUUAACUUUACGUUUAUAAUUUAGAAGACUGUAAAAUCACUUUAUCUGAUAAGGUGUUCUAUUUAUUCUUGGAAAUGUUUUUGUUGUGUUGUUGUUUACUUUGUUAAACAUAUUUAUUAGAUAAUUUUCCUUGUCAUUUAGCAGGUGAUUUCUAUUUUGUUCUAAAUAAUUAUAAAUACUAUUGAAAUAUUCUUGGUGUAAGGUGUUCACAUAUUAUAUUUUGUAGGCUUUACACUUUAGACCAAUAUUGUAUUAUUUCAAUUAUGUUCAUAAUAUCUUUCAACUAGUAAUUAAUUAAUUGUGUUAGGAUCAUGGCCAAUUUGGUUUCCUUGUGAGGCACAUAAAUGAUGUAUUAUAAAAAUACUAUUAUUGUGAGUGAGGUAAACCUGUAAAUUAAAUCCUACAGGUCCAGUCGCCCAUUAUGUCUUCAACAAAAUUUAGAUAUUAUAUAUUGUAAAUAUUUAUAUGUUGUACAUCUUAAAGUAAAAUUUAUUUUCUUUACAAAUUUUCUAAUUAGUCAUUUUUGGGCCAUAACAAAUGGUUCUAUAAGAACACCCCAUGGGUCGGACCGAUCAUGCUGGUUCGCGAACUUGUUAGAAUAUACGUAGGUUUACACGAUUGUACCAAAUUUCAUCGAAAUCGGAUCAUUUUUGCUCGAGUUAUCGUGCUAACGGACACACACACACACACACACACAUAUAUAUAUACAUAUAUGAAUUUGAACGGAUGGUGUUUUUGGCUUCUAGGGACAUCAAAAUGAAAAAGUAAAUCGGUCCCGGGUCCAAGUCUUAUCAUGAGACCUACGAUAAUAGCUUAUUCCCUAUAUGGGAAAUUCGCAAAAAAAUAAUUUUACCCCCUUAAACUCCUCAUAAAAACUCAUUCCUGUUAUUAGUCCACUGUCAAAUGUUCACCCGUGUGCUUCUUGAUGAGGCAGGUGUGGGAGUAGUCUUAAUCUCUUUGUUUGACCUUUGAGAAAUACAAUUUCGAUGGUGGCACUCUUGAAAAUGGUGUGUUUGAAUGCUGUGGGUAAAAAAACAAAAUUGCCGACAUUUAAAAUGUUUAAAGUCGAAUUCCAUGAAAACCAGUUAUUAAAACAACAUUUUGCAACACAUUAUUUUAAAGUCCUUUUUAUAACAAAUUGAAUGACACUUUAUGUGCGAAAAUUUAAGAAUAAAUAAAAAUGUUGUGUAACUUUUAUUAUUAAUUGUAAUUUUCAAAAUGGCAGUCAUUUUAAAAUCACAAAGUUAAAUUCCAUAGAAACUAGUGACAAAAACAUUAUAAAAGUAACAUAACUUUCUUUUUAAUUUAUUAUCCGAUUUUCGCAAAUAAAUUGUCGUUCGAUUUGUAAUAAAAAGGACUACAUAUAUUGUGUUUCAAAGUUUUGUUUUAAUUGCUGGUUUUCAUGGAAUUUGACUUUAAAAAAAUUUUAAUAGCCGCCGUUUUGAAAUUUGAUGAACCUGAUCAAAGAUUUUUUUGGAGAAUGUUUAUAGUUGUAGACUUAAAGAUUAUACCAAGUUUCAUAAAAAUAUCUCCAAGGGGCAAAGAGUGUCACUUCAACCUUCCCUCGUAGUCAUUUUCAUAGAGCUUGGGUCGAAAAGAGUCACUUUCCGCCCUAGUGACUAAUUAAACUUUUAGAUCAUUUCUGUUUACAUUAAUUUGCUUUUGAUUUUACUUCAGUAUAAUGAAAAUUUAAUUUCUAUGAAGUAUUUUUGUUCAUUAGAUGAUAUUUUGUAAAACAUAUGACACCUUAAACGUUGAAAUUGGUUCACAAGUAAGGUAGUGUUAAAAAAAAACGGCUUCAGGUAUUAUAGAUAUAAAUUAUGUUCAGUUUUACAUAAAUUAUGGAUUCAGACGGCAUUGGAUAGUAAAUCACAUUGCUAGUUGAAAUUAAACCAGAAGCUGUGGUUAUUAAAGCUUUAAAAAUCAAAUGUUUUGAUUUCAGAAAAAAUGUAACAAAUUUACCUCCUAUAUGGUUAAUGAUAGAAAUUAACAACCACAUAAAAUGGAAACCUAUGGAGUUUGUAUUUCACACAAACACAUACAGCAACUUCUUGAAAUUUCAUGGCACACACAAAGGCCCCCCUGGACACACAUUAAUUUUUACUUUCUCCCCCUAUACCAUCGUAGCCUAGAUGGAGAAAGUAUUGUUUUUGUCAAAAUUUUCGAGUUUGGAUGGAUAUCUCCGUUUUGGGUCCCCCUGAACCCAAAAUAUUGUUUUCAAAGUGAUGUCUGUAUGUGUGGAUGUGUACUGAUACAGACCACAACUAACGGUAGUUUGAUUUUGAUGAAAUUUGGUAUGUAGGUACUAAUCCAUGGGAUUUCAAGAAGUUUUUCCUUUUUUUUAAUAUUGAUUUUUAAUGAUUAUUUUCCCACAAAAACCCAUAAAAUGGGGGAAAAGUUGUAUUUUUUUGAAAAUUGACCUAACGAUUUUGAUAAAAAUUUAAUAUGUUAUGGUCCUUUAAAUUAUGAACAAAAUGGUGCAACUCCCAUUGCUGUAAAAGUUAUGGUUCAAAAUUUAUUGCAACUUAUGUUAUUUUCUCAUAAAAAAAGAAAAUCAGUUUCCGCCAGAGUAUCAAAUUUCCUCCUGGCCAUUAGUGGCUGACCCAUGAUAAAGGUUGUUGACAAGCUAAUGUGAGAAAGUAUGUGUUAGAUUGCUGAUACCAUUUAUUAUACAUAGAGAUUCUAUAGGUCUACCUAUGCUAUAAAUGUUAAAUUGCAUUCAUUUUAAUUCUACAGUUUUUAUUUUAUUUUAUUAAGAUGGCGAAUCAUAUUUUAAAUUAUGCAUAUGAUAUAUGAUUUGACAACUUGUAA